AUGACGAGCAUCGACGAGCUCUUCAAGAAAUCGGGCGUUCCAAGCAAACGCAAGUUUGAGCCUGUCCGCGAUCCCAACGAAAUCUAUAAAUCGGUCAAGCUCACACCCAAUGGCGGCAGCAGCUCGCGCCAUGCGCGCGUCGACGACGACACCGGUGACGUUGAAGCCGGCCCGUCGCUGCCACCCGAUGGCGAGGACGGCAACGGCGACGACUACGGUCCGGCAGCGCCUCCUGAGGACGAUGGCGAUGGCGACGACGAGGAGGGCCGUUUCUUUGGCGGCGGCAUCACAAGGGCUGAGGCGAGCAUUCUAGACUACGUCGAGGGCCGGGACCAGAACGGGGCAGACGGGCCAGGAGGGGCGAUCAAGGGAGGCCGGAAGCAGGGCGAAACAGGCGUCGCCGAUGGGCCAGAGGCGUUUGACGCGGCCUGGCUGCGCCGGACGGCGCUCAACUUUGAAAAGCGCAUCAACCGCAACGCCGAACUGCGCGCGCGGUAUGCGUCGGACCCCACGCGCUUUAUCGCCAGCGAGGCCGACCUCGACGCCGACAUCAAGGCGCUGUCGAUCCUGGGCGAGCACCCGGCGCUGUACCCGGAGUUUGCGCGCCUCGGCACCGCGGCCAGCCUCGUGGGCCUGCUGGCGCACGACAACACGGACAUUGCCAUCUCGGCGAUUGAGAUUCUCGGCGAGCUGACGGACGAGGACGUGGACGCAACGGACGAGCAGUGGACUGCGCUGGUCGACGCGCUGCUGGACGCAGACCUGGUGGGGCUGCUGGUGUCGAACCUGGCGCGGCUCAACGAGGACCCGGCCGUCGACACGGACGGCGUGGACCGCAACGGCGUGUACUAUGCGCUGGGCAUUGCCGAGAACCUGUGCUCGUUGCGGGCGACGCGCGCGGCGGACGCCUUGGGCCGCCAUACCGCGCUUCUCCAGUGGCUGCUGCAGCGGGUGCAGCGCAACGAGAACGACACGGAGACGGUCAGCCAAAACAAGCAGUACGCGGCCGAGACCCUGGUGACGCUGGCGUACCGGUCGCCGGCCAACUGCCAGCGGCUGGUGGACCUGGACGCGGUCGACAUUCUGCUGCAGCUCGUGGCCGCCUACCGCCGGCGCGACCCCGAGCGCGGCAACGAGGAGGAGUACAUGGCGGACCUGUUUGAGGCGCUGACGUACCUGGUGGGCGAGGCGGCCGUGGACGACGACGAUGCCCGAGCACAAGCGCAAGCAAAAUCCAAGCCCAGGUCGACGUCGGACGACCCACCGCCACACAAGGGCAAGGCCAAGUUCGUCGAGGCCGAGGGCGUCGAGCUGUGCCUGCUGAUGCUCAAGGAGGGCCACAAGAGCCGUGCGCCCGCGCUGAAGCUGCUGGACCACGCCACCAGCGGCCUGCACGCCGGCGAUGUCUGCCGCACGCUGGUCGACGCCGGCGGGCUCAAGCCGACAUUUACGCUGUUUAUGAAGGUCGAGGAGGACGCCAAGCACAGCAAGAACAAGAAAAAGAAGAGCAAAAAGGACACGGAAAAGGAGAGCCGGCUGCAUGCCGGGCCCAUGGCGGAGCACCUGCUGGCCAUCUUCGCAGCGAUGCUGCGUCUUCUACCCGCCGACACGCCCGAGCGCAUCCGCCUGCUGGCCAAGUUUGUCGAAAAGGACUACGAGAAGGUCGACCAGCUGCUGUCGCUGCGGGCGGUGUACGCGACCAGGGUGGACGCCGUGGACCGCGCGCUGGCCGUGCCCGGACGCGAGCCGACGUACACGGCCGAGGCCGACGCGACCGAGGACGAGCGCAAGGCACUGGCGGACGCCGAGCGGUUGUCGCUGCGGCUGGAGGCGGGCCUGUUUACGCUGCAGACGCUCGACAUUAUCCUGGCGUGGCUGGUGGCCGAAGACGACGGCGCGCAAGAGAAGAUCCGGUCGCUCUUGUCGGCAGCAGGCGGCAAGGACGAUGCAUUUGCCGUGCUGCGGACGUCGCUCCAGGAGCGGCGAGACGAGCUGGAUCUUCGGACGCCCGAGGGCAAGGAUUUGCAAGAGAUGCUGACGGCCUUGCUGGGGUGUCUGUAG